UUUGUAGAAUGUUACCAGUAAGGGGAAGUGUGUCACUUAAAAAAACAAAGGUUUAAGGAAAAUGUGUCACUUAAAAAACAACAGAGGGAGUCUUAUUUCUUGUUUGUUGGAAGUGAUUUUCUAUUAUUAUUUUUUGUGGAACGAUAAUAAAAUUUGUGUUGUUUUUCCUACUCUGUUUUUUUUUUGGCCGUUAACCACUAUUGUCACUUCAUCCCUCCAAACUUUUCCUGACAUCGAACACAAUCACUAGUCAUAUAAAUAAUCUUUGUCUUAUAUUCUUUUAUUGCCUAACUGUUUAAGAUUCAAAUUGAUUAAACUAUCAGAUUUGGGGUUCAGUUGAACCAAGUGGAACUAACCUUGGAGCCGCCACUAGUUGCAUAGGGUAGCAUGAAGUUCCAAAUAGAAGACAUUACAGUCUACUUCCCCUAUGAUAACAUUUAUCCAGAGCAAUAUUCCUACAUGGUUGAACUCAAACGAGCCCUUGAUGCAAAGGGCCACUGUUUGCUGGAGAUGCCCACUGGCACUGGGAAAACUAUUGCACUUUUAUCUCUCAUUACCAGUUAUGCUCUUUCAAAACCAUCAAAUCCUAUUAAACUCAUCUACUGCACUCGUACGGUUCAUGAAAUGGAAAAAACACUAGCUGAGCUAAAGGUACUCCAUGACUAUCAGGUUUUCCACUUGGGUCCCUCAGCUCGGCUCCUUGCUCUUGGGCUUUCUUCCCGCAAAAAUCUUUGUAUUAAUCCAGCUGUUGUCUCUGCUGAAAAUAGAGACUCUGUUGAUGCCGGCUGUAGGAAGCUUACAGCGAGCUGGGUUAGAGCUCUAGCUGUAGAAAAUCCUAAUAUCCCUACUUGCUCCUUUUUUGAGGAUUACGAGAAGUCGGGUUCAGAGGCAAUUUUGCCCCCAGGUGUAUAUACUUUACAGGACCUGAGAGCAUUUGGCAAGCAGAAAGGAUGGUGCCCGUAUUUCCUGGCACGCCAUAUGGUGCAAUUUGCAAAUGUUGUGGUUUACAGUUACCAAUAUCUACUUGAUCCAAAAGUUGCUGGGAUUAUUUCAAAAGAGAUGCAGCGGGAGUCUGUGGUUGUUUUUGAUGAGGCUCAUAACAUUGACAACGUGUGCAUUGAGGCUCUUAGUGUUAGUGUCAGAAGGCAAACUCUUGAAGGUGCGACCAGAAAUAUUUCUAGGAUGUCUCAAGAGAUCGAAAGGUUCAAGGCCACAGAUGCUGGGAAACUACGUGCAGAAUAUAAUCGCCUUGUUGAAGGGUUGGCCCAAAGGGGAAAUUUACCAAUUGGCGAUACUUGGCUUUCCAACCCAGCUCUGCCUGAGGAUAUUCUGAAAGAAGCAGUACCAGGGAAUAUUCGCCGAGCUGAGCAUUUUCUAUCUGUUUUGCGUAGGUUGGUGCAAUAUAUCAAAAGCCGGUUGCAAAGUGAGAAUUUUGAAAAGGAGUCGCCUGUGUCUUUUGUAGCGUCCCUAAAUCAACAAGUGGGACUUGACCAAAAAACCUUAAAAUUUUGUUAUGAUCGCCUACAUUCCCUGAUGAUGACCCUUGAAAUAACUGAUACAGACGAGUUCUUAAGUAUUCAGACUAUUUGUGAUUUUGCAACGCUGGUGGGCACAUAUGCCAGGGGCUUCUCAAUCAUUAUUGAACCCUAUGAUGAGAGAAUGCCUCAUAUCCCUGACCCCAUACUGCAGCUGAGUUGUCAUGAUGCUUCACUUGCUAUUAGGCCUUUAUUUGAACGCUUCCAAACAGUUGUAAUCACCUCUGGUACUCUGAGCCCUAUAGAUCUGUACCCACGCCUUCUGAAUUUCAAUCCUGUAGUCUGUCGAAGUUUUACUAUGUCCUUUACAAGGGAUUGCAUAUGUCCAAUGGUCCUAACACGUGGAAGUGAUCAACUUCCAGUUAGCACAAAGUACGAUAUGAGAAGUGAUCCAGGUGUUGCAAGGAACUAUGGAAGGCUAUUACUAGAAAUGGUUUCUGUUGUUCCUGAUGGAAUUGUGUGUUUUUUUGUCAGUUAUUCAUACAUGGAUGCCAUUGUUAAUACUUGGAAUGAAACCGGUAUUCUAAAGGAUAUAAUGCAGCAUAAACUUGUAUUCAUUGAAACUCAAGAUGUUGUUGAAACUACAUUGGCUCUAGACAACUACCGCAAGGCUUGUGAUUGUGGGAGAGGUGCUGUCUUUUUCUCUGUUGCAAGGGGAAAGGUAGCUGAAGGUAUAGAUUUUGAUCGACAUUAUGGCAGACUAGUGAUCAUGUAUGGGGUUCCUUUCCAGUACACAUUGAGCAAGAUAUUACUUGCUCGACUGGAAUAUUUGCGGGACACUUUUCAGAUAAAAGAAGGGGAAUUUCUAACUUUGAUGCUUUUGAGACAAGCUGCUCAAUGUGUGGGCAGAGUAAUUCGUUCAAAGGCUGAUUACGGAAUGAUGAUAUUUGCUGACAAAAGAUAUAGUCGGCAUGAUAAGCGCUCCAAGCUGCCUGGAUGGAUAUUAUCUCACCUACGUGAUGCCUACCUUAAUUUGAGCACUGAUAUGGCUUUGCACAUAGCAAGAGAGUUUCUCCGAAAGAUGGCUCAACCAUAUGAUAAGACUAGCGCCAGUGGUAAGAGAACCCUUUUAUCGCAGGAAGACGUUGAGAAGAUGAGCAAUGCUGGGGCAGAUGAGACAGUGUUCUGAUUUUUGAGCAAUUUUUUUGUGUAAGCCUAGGAAUCUUCGUCCUCUCCUUUGUUUAGAGAUGAGUAGUUCAUAGACCAAGCUAGCUAAAUCCUACUCUCUUGCAG